AUGACGGGGGAACUAGAGUUUACAGCCACAAGCUCGCUUCUGAUUUUUAGUUUGCAGACCCUUUUGGCCUCAAGUACUACUACACAGAACAAAGGAUCUUUGCGAGUUAAUUGGUAUCGCCGCGCCAUGCCACCUGUGCAAGACUAUUUGAUGCUUAGGUUCCCCUUGCUCCACCGCACGCUGCAACUCCGUGCUCCUCUGCUCGAUUCUGGCCGCCGCCGUCGCUCUCAUCCCGUCCGGAUCCGCCGCCCCGGCCUAUCCCGUUCGGCCUUGUCUCCCCGACUGGCGCCUCUUGACUCGCGCCAAGCCAAGCUAUUGCUCGAUCCCGCCUCGGGAGCACCUCCUCUGCUCGGGCCUGCCUCGGGAGCGCCUCGAUCCCGUCCGGGCCGCGCGCUCCUCGUCCCCUCGCGCAGUGCCCGUAGUCCGGCUGUUCCAACUGCCGCUGGUGCUCACCUGCACGUAGCCGGUUCGCCAGGGCCCCGGUCGCGGCUGGAUCGAGCUAUUCCAGCCGCCGCCGAGGCUGGAUCUCCUGCUGUCGCCAGGUCCCGGCCCAUAUCUGAAGAGUCCACCGGCAAGGUCAAUCUCAGGUUCUGGCAUGAAGAAUUGAAGAGGCUGUUCUUUUACGAGUUCCGAGGGACGAGAAGCGAGGUCACUUUCCUCAAGUUCGUCGCGGAGAGGGCUCGGGUGCUGGAGAAGAUGGUGGUUGUGGUGACCAAUGAUGUUUCUCCUCGGGGGAUGAUUAUGUGAGCGCCAAGCUGAAGCCUCUGGCCAGCGCUAAAUGGAAAAGCAAAGCUUGCAAACUAGAGCUCUUGAACAGCCCGCUCGCCGACGGGGAAUCUACAGUUCACAGCCACAAGCUAGCUUCUGAUUUUGAUUUUGCUGACCCUUUCGACCUCAAGUACUACUCAACGGGACAAAUGAUCUAUGUGAUUUAAUGGUGGCGCCGCGCCGCGCCGUGCCGCUUGUACCAGAACACUACUGGUGCCUAGCUAGAAUUUGUGUUGGGGCAGCAGCUGAAAGACCUACUUCUACAAGGCAUGCUUUCUGCAGGUGAUAUUACAUGAUGAGUUUGUUUGUGCCAUACCAAGUCAUAUGUGGCUGGAUGCUGGUGGAAGAAGUAAUAGAUUGAUUUCGAUAAAAUGUUUGUGGUACCAAUUCUGUUCUGUCAGCAGGGCCGCUCCAGUGAGUAGGGGUAUGGCAUUUCUGUUUUGUCCAACUGCAGUUUCAUUCAUGGUAUGAAGUUUGUUGUUGUCAGCAUGCGUUAAACUUGGCAUUGGUGUCAUUCUAGCUAGUAGGGUAUGCAUUAGGCAUUGGUCUCAUUCUCAGACCGUCGCACUUGGCGGUGCACACUGCUGCACAGGCUUGCCGCGACACGAUGCUUUGGGAGUGUCCUUGAGGAUGGUAAGACUGUUAGCUAUGCAUACAUAGUGAAAGAUCAGCCGGGUUGUGCUGGCGUAGAUGAGGCACAAAUGUUUCUUUCCGGGUGAUACUGUUAUUGCAAAUGGUUUGCUUUUGCUGUAAUUGCGCGAUACAACUCUCUGGGAGGCUGUCAGCAUGCAAGUUGCUCAAAUUCUACACCAGGGAUCUGUACAUUGCCCAAGUUGUAAC